AUGUCGGCUGACGUUUCCUAUGACACAAACGAUCCCACGACGCCGACAACGACGAGUUAUGGCCCAAUCCGGUUCACCUCGACGACGGGUCCUUCUCAUGUGUGUCGAUGGACCGAAAACCGGCGGACGUUACUUAUCUUUUUCAUUCCUUCCACAACAUUUUCAUUGAUCAUUUUCCUUCUGUUCCGCUUCUCCUCGUCGCAGUCACGGCCACUCAACGAUGGAUCGUUCAAGUUUGCCGCCAAGACGAGCUUUUCCUGCACGGGCCGGGCGGCCGGGUACUACGCGGACGUGGAAACCGGCUGCCAGAUCUACCACAUGUGCGACGGGCUCGGGCGCCAGUUCAGCUACGCGUGCCCCAACACGACCCUGUUCCAGCAGCGGAUGCUCAUCUGCGACCACUGGUACAUGGUCAACUGCUCGAAGGCGGAAAGCAACUAUGCGGCCAACCUGCUGAUCGGUCAGCGGGACAAGCCGUUCGUGCCGGAGGAGGAGAACGAAAUCCGGACACCCCGGCCCGAUCUGCUCGACCGUCCGGAUGGCUUCGCCUUCGGGGGUCCGUCGCUGAAGAACUUCUUUAAGUCCAAUGCACCUGCGGUACAGAAUGCAAUUGUCGACGCACAGGCGCGUACGAGACCAACAACUAUCGAAGCUGGUAAAGGCCAGCAGAGUGCCCGCAAGUCGAGUGUGAACGCCGAAAUCUUCCAGGAAAGUGCCAGCAACCAUGGACUACCGAUCCACUGGAGUACUCGAUACGCAAAGGAAGACGAUAACGCCACGAGCUCCAAGGAACAGGACAUCGCGGGGAAGAACAAGCGUGACGACGAUCGUAACGAAAGUCGCCAAGCGGUCACCAUUGCAACGGGCGCUCAAACGGACGUGCGGCCAGUGGUAGCGGGUGUGAAGGUGCCUUCACGACGAUACGAACCUCCAUUCACGCCGGCCGAGUAUGAACAACGUUCGACGGAACAGAAGCCAACGGUCGCAACUACAACGACCCGAGUGAUCGUAUCUACAACGGCUGCACCGCCAACUACAACAACUGCUCGACCGCAGUUUUCGAGCACUCGAUUCAACCCGACGAAUCCUCCAGUUACGACAACGCGCACGCCGAGUUCCAUUUCCGUUGUCCAGCAGCCACCGAACAAAGUCACUCAGCAACUUCUCCCACUCUCGAAACCCACGCAAAAUGCAGGUGAAACCUUGACCGACCCUCGCCAGUCCAUUCUUCCACCGACAGCGAUCCUCUUCAAUGCGCCCGCUGCAACGGCGGGACUCUUCAGUGGCGGUCAGCGUCCCUUGCCGGCUGGAGUGUCGGUCCCAUCGCGGGAUCUUCUGCCACCGUACGAAAACCUCGCCAACUUCGAUCAGAUCAAGACGCGCUACACGAGCGAAUCGAUCUACACCCGGCAGCCGAUCACCAACGAACCUUCGGCCGGCCCGGUGAAGUCGGCCAUCGACAAGCUGGGCGUUGCCGACCCGCUGCCCAUUGCUUCCCUCCAGCCUGCCCAGGAUAAGGUCCCGCGUCCAUUCAGUGUGCCGAAGCCGGCCAACGAUCUGGAACCACCGCACCGGGAGUACGUGUUCUACGACGACGCCACCACGCAGGGACCACCGAUCUACUACCAGUGGAAGUGGUCCGUACCAUCGUUCGGCCUGGAACCACCCGGUCUCGAGGCACCGGCACCUCCGGGCGAACCAACCAGGAACGAAACACCCUUGAGCUUCUCUUCGACCAACCUGGACCGGACAGCGGCUCCCAGCGAGCGAAAGGUGGUGAAGGAGGGCGAGGAGUUGUUCGCCCAACUCAAUCCGGCCGCCCACGAGCAAGAAGGACACGACGGGGGGCAGCGAGGUCGCCAGCACAACCAGACGGCACGCUCGAUCUCGUCCGAAACGGGCAAUCUUGGCGAGAACCGGGUCGAGGUGGAGAGCAAGCAGGUGGUGGCGCUGCCCCAGCACAACUACCUUCAGCUGAGGCAACAGUUUGCCAUCCCGGACUUCACCUUCCCGCUGGACGGGGCGGUCAAGGAGGGUCAGUACGGGGACGCGGAGGCGCGCGACUCCUUCCAGGUGCGCAUUCCGAGCGACGUGGCGGCACGCGAUCGGACGGAGCGGGCGUGGUACGGCGAGAACGCCCGGUGUCCCGAGUGCCACCCGGGGUUCCUGCGGCCGGGCAGCUGUGAGCCGUGCGUGAAAAUACGCCGAUAG